CCGGGGCUCCGCGGGUCGCCGCCGGUCACCUGGCCCGGAGGACGCGCCGCGGCGGAGGCGCCAGAAGCGUGUUUUCCUUCUGAGCAGGACGCGUGUGGCCCAUGAGCAAGCUGGGGAGGGCCCUGAGUGAGUCGGAGGUGCCGGCCUGGGACAGGGACGAAGAUGACAUGUCGGCAGGCGAUCUCGGCUAUGGCCUGGGAAGAAGACCAGGUGGCAUUUACGAAGCGGCAGGUUCGCGGUUCCGCACGCCUGGGGACAGAGCCACCGAAAGGCCCUGUGGCAUUCCGCCGUUUGCGAGAAAGGGGGAGGAACGAAGUGGAUCCAUCAUUCAGUUUCCCAAGCAGAUGAGCUUGUCCGAUACCUUGCCUCCCGGGCCCGGAAACUCGGGUUGCAGACCACGCAGCAGCACUGAUACUAAUUCAGAGUUGUCAAAUGGAGAGUUAAGGCAGCGUCUCCUUGAAACUUUACAGGAAGUAGAAAUUUUAAAAACUGAACUUGAGGCAUCCCAGAGACAACUUGAAGGUAAAGAGGAAGCGCUGAAGAUCCUUCAGAGUAUGGCAAUACUGGGCAAAGCCACAAGUCAUACCCAGGCAGCACUCCAGAAAACUGUGGAGCAAAAGAGAUCCUUGGAGAAGGAAAUCAAUGCCUUGCAGUGGGAAAUAGAAUUUGAUCAUAAUAGACUUAAAAACAUAGAGGAAUCUUGGACUCAAAAAUACGACAGAUUAAACUAUGAAAAUGCAGUCCUUACAGAAAAUUUGAAGCUAAAAACACAAGAAAUCAAAAUGCUAAAGUCUGAAAAUGCAGCUUUGAACCGGCGGUGUUUGGAAGCCCUGUCCGUGCUGGACGUCACACAGCAGCAGGUGGCCCAGGAGAGCCUGCGCUCGCGCACCGCUGGCUCCGCGGAGGUUUGCACUCUGGAGCUGGCCGUCCUCGGAGCCUGCCCUUGUCCCGGUCCUGGAGGGAGGCCCUGUCCUUGUGCCCAAAUGGCGGCAUCCAGCCGGAAGUUGCUGCUGCAGCUGAAGCAUGAGUUGGAACUUCUGCGGAGAAGUAAAGAAGAAGCGUGUGUGAUGGCCGAUGCGUUCAGAAUUGCGUUUGAGCAGCAGCUGAUGAGGAGAAGUGACCAGGCCCUAAGAUGGACACAAACGGAUAAAAUGUGGCAGAAAGCAGCCACACGGAUCAGUUGGAAGCACCUGAAAGAGGACGUCUUAGGGUUUCCAUCAGAAAGGAGCCAAAAGACCUUAGGACAGAAACUCCUGGACUUGCUGCCUUCAGAAAACAGCUCUUCGAGGACAGACCAGCAUCAUGCGCAAGAGGUCUUCAAGAUGCUGGUAGAUUUGUUGAAUGAUAAAGAGGAAGCUUUGGCUCAUCAAAGGAAGGUUAGUUACAUGCUUGCCCAGGCGUUGGAAGACAAAGAUACAACCUCCAAAGAGAAGAAAAACUCCCUGAAAGAAACUGUUCCUUGCCAAUGCCCCAGGCAUGAAGCACCACAGUUGCCUGCUGCGUGUGACCCUGUGCACCCACAUGUCCAGGUGUUUAGCCCUGUGGCUUGCACCUGUGCGACCGCGCCCCCUCCACCGGCUGCCUGGUGCACACGAACUCUGUCAAGGUCCCACUCUUGGCCGUCAUGCGUCUCACUUGGAAGAAAAGCCAGCUGAAGGCAGAACCAAGAGCUGCCUGAGACCCGUGACUUUGACGGUGAUGCUGUAUGCUCUUGGAGUGUCUGAAUUGUAGGAGAUGGCUGUUCCUAUAAGACAUUAAGAGGUGGCCGGGUGGCAUAGCGGGUGAAAUUGUUGCCUGUAGCGCCGGCAUCCCAGAGGGGCGCCAGCUCAUGUCCUGGCUGCUUCACUCUGAACUGGAUCUCUGCUAACGCACCUAGGAAAGCUUCAAAGAAUGGCCCAAGGGUUUGGGCCUCUCUACCUGUGUGGGAGACCCGGGUGACGCUCCUGGCUGCUGGCGUCAGCCUGGCGCAGUGCUAGUCUUCAUGGCUCUCUGCUGAGCAACACAGAGGGCCGGA